AUGAACAAACUGUCAGUUGUCUUACUCUUCGCCUUACUGCUUUUUGCAGCAGUCUACGUUGCAGGAUCAGAUUCUUAUCGUCCAGAUCCUUACCGUCCAGAUCCCUAUCGCCCUGAUCCUUACAAACCUAAAAGACAUUGUCGUAAAAAGUGUGUCCUUCACAAAUACGUCCGUGGAAAAUGUAUCAAACACAAAGUCGUUGGUCGUAAAAGAUUCUGUGACAAGUAUGCCAUUGUUGGAAAAGGACGUUGUUUGAAGCACAAGAAGUUCUCCAAAUGCGAUAAAUACAGCAAGCCAUGUGUCAAAUGUGUCAAAUUCAAAUUUAGAAAAUUCUGUGCCAAACAUCAAACAAACAAGAUUUGCGAUUCUUAUGGAUUCCGUAAAUUCUGUAAGAAGUUUGGAAAGAAGAGAUUCUGUGCAAGACAUAAGAAGUUUAAGAAAUGUGUUGUUUGGGGUAAGAAGACCACUUGCAAGAAGUUCAAGAAAUUCCCAAUUAAGAAAUGUUUCAAGAAGAAGAGAUGUGACAAGUAUGUCGAUUCAUAUGCUCCAAGAAAGUGCAGAUUUAUUCGUAAAUGCCGUGUCAUUGGUCAUAAGAAGAAAUGUAUCAAACAUCGAACUCGUAAAUUCUGUAAAAAGCACAAACGCUUCACCAAGUGUAUCAAACACAAGUGUAAGAAAUUCUGCGCAAAAUUUGCUAAAAAGCGUUUCUGUAAGCAUCACAAGAUUGUGAAGAGAUGUUGUCAAUUCAAGAAGAGAAAAUUCUGUGCCAGAAAGAAGAGAUUCCCAUCCAAAUGUAUUCAUAGAAAGCAUUUCAAGAAAUGUAUCAAGAGAUCCAAGGGAAGAAGAAUUUGUAAGAAAUUCAAAUUCACCAAAGGAAGAAGAAUUUGCAAGAAGUUUGCUCAAAAGAAAGUCUGUGCUAAGAGAAAGAAGAUUUGUAAGAGAAAGCAUCGAAAGGUGAAAAAACACAGAAAAUUUGACAGAUACUAUUAA